UAAGCAGCAUCCCAUGUCUCCAUUCUAUUCUCUCCUCUCCUCCCAUUCUUUUGCCGAAGGGAAAUUUUCAAUUUUUUUGAAGGAAAUUCUCUCCUCUCGGCCCAUUCUUUGCAGUUAGCUAGCUAGCGAAUUCUUUCAUCGGAUUCUUGCUCGUCGGUCGAUCAAUGGCGCGGAUGGCAGGCAAGGGGAGCAGCGGCAGGGCACUGGCCGGCGGGGCCAGCGGGGCCAGUGGACGCGAGCGUGAGGGGAAGAAGGCGCUGCUGCUGGGGCGGUUCGAGGUGGGGAGGCUGCUGGGGCAGGGCAACUUCGCCAAGGUGUACCAGGCGCGCAACGUGGCCACCGGCGAGGAGGUGGCCAUCAAGGUGAUCGAGAAGGAGAAGGUCUUCAAGUCCGGCCUCACGGCGCACAUCAAGCGCGAGAUCGCCGCGCUCCGCCGCGUGCGCCACCCGCACAUCGUGCAGCUCUACGAGGUCAUGGCCACCAAGCUCCGCAUCUACUUCGUCAUGGAGUACGUGCGCGGCGGCGAGCUGUUCGCGCGCGUCGCCAAGGGCCCGCUCCCGGAGGGCGAGGCCCGGCGCUACUUCCAGCAGCUGGUCUCCGCCGUCGCCUUCUGCCACGCGCGCGGGGUGUACCACCGGGACAUCAAGCCUGAGAACCUCCUCGUCGACGACGCCGGCGACCUCAAGGUCUCCGACUUCGGCCUCUCCGCUGUCGCCGAGCAGAUGCGCCACGACGGGCUGUUCCACACCUUCUGCGGCACCCCGGCCUACGUCGCCCCCGAGGUGCUCUCCCGCCGCGGCUACGACGCCGCCAAGGCCGACCUCUGGUCAUGCGGCGUCGUGCUCUUCGUCCUCGGCGCCGGCUACCUCCCGUUCCAGGACCGGAACCUCGUCGGCAUGUACCGCAAGAUCCACAGGGGCGACUUCCGCUGCCCCAAGUGGUUCUCCCCGGAGCUCCUCCGCCUCAUGCACCGCGUGCUCGACACCAAGCCGCCGCGCCGCGCCUCCGUCGACGAGAUCAUGGAGAACGAAUGGUUCAAGGUCGGAUUCCGCCGCUUCUCCUUCCGCAUCGAGGACGACCGCUCCUUCACUUGCUUCGACCUCGACGACGGCGACGCCUACGCGCCCACCUCGCCGCCCGACACCCCGCGGACGGCGGACGGCAGCGACUACGGCGACGCCACCGAUCAGCAGCAGAAAAUCCCGGGCGGGAUGACGUCGUGCGGGUCGGCGCCGUCGCUGCUGGAAGGGAGGUUCGGGCAGCUGGGCGGGAGCUCGCGGCGGCGGUCGAGCCUGAACGCGUUCGACCUCAUCUCCUUCUCCCCGGGGUUCGACCUCUCGGGGCUGUUCGAGGACGGCGGCGGCGAGGGGAGCAGCGGGGAGGGCGAGCAGCAGCAGAACGCCGCGCGAUUCGUGUCGGCGGCGCCGGCGGAGCAGAUCCUGGCCGCGCUGGAGCGGACGGCCGCCGCGGCGGGCAUGGCGGUGUGGGCACGGGAGGACGGGUCGGUGAUCAUGGAGGGGACGCGCGAGGGCGCCAACGGCGCGCUGGCGGUGGCCGCGGAGAUCUACGAGCUGACGCCGGAGCUGGUGGUCGUGGAGGUGCGGCGCAAGUCCGGCGGCGCGGCCGAGUACGAGGAGUUCUACCGGGCGCGCCUCAAGCCCAGCCUGCGGGAGCUCAUGACCGAGGAGCCGGCGCCACGUGUCGGCUCCAAGGAGCUCACUCGGAGCGUGUGAUCGUGCCGUCCAUGCAUGCACGCACGUCUGCUUGACUGGUCGUCUAUACGGCGUCCGUAUACUUGGCCAUAGAGCUGUACGUACAAUACGUACGUACGUAUAUCUGUGCAUAUGGUACAUGUCACGCCACAAUACAUACGCAUGUACAGUAUGUACCAAAAACAAGUAUGUACAUACACCAUUUUUUGGGGCGGUGCUAUGGGUGGUGCCUAUUUUGAAAGGUCCAUUCCAUGACACUGUGUAAAGGGUAAAAUGGGGAAAUUGGAUGAUUGCUAA